UUGCGCGAGAGCAAUCCGUGUAUUUGGGUGUCGUAUAGGCCAGGGAUGUGAGUUAGGGGCGACAAUAAUGGGGAAUAACCGGGACCCCGGUGCUCUGGAGUGGACACAACGACUGGACGGUGAUCAUCAAGGGGGUUAACGUGAUGAGCAGCCAUCUCGAGAGUGUUUUACACUGAUUUAGCGAAGCUUGAUGGAUUUUAUUGGAUUCAGUGAUCAAUUAAUUGUCACCGGAUACCUGAUAAAGCGCAUAUAAUCAUACUGGAUACGAUUGAUCCAUUUCCAUGGCGUUACUAUCGACCCAGAGCCAAGCAGGUCACCUGGACCCAGGACUAAAGCGGGCUCACCGGGUCUAAAGCGCUCGAUCUGUCGUGUUUCCGGCGAUGUCCGCGUCCUGCCUCGAUCUGCGCAGCGUUAUUUCAGCACCACCGCAGCUGGACAGCGACCGCAUGGACCGAGCGCUGGAUCCCAGCCGCCAAAACUCGCCAGACUCCGCCGGGGAAUACCAGACCCUCACGCUGCUACACACCGCGCCCGGGGGGCUCGGCAUGGCUCUGGAGGAGGAGCUGGCCAUGCUCACCCGCGAACGGGAGGAGGACCUGGAUGUAUCCGCCUCAGAGGCACCUGUGAGCGGACAGAAUUCUGACCUGCUGUCGCUCUUCCGGCAAAAAGAGAAGGAUUUGGUCCUUGCUGCUAAACUGGGCAAAGCUCUACUUGAACGGAACCAAGACCUCACAAAGCAAUAUGACAACAUGACCAAGGAUUUAAACGACAAACUCGAACUCCUGGAGCAGGAGAAGCACGAGCUGCGACGGCGUUUGGAGAGUCGUGAGGGCGAGUGGGAAGGCCGGGUGGCCGAACUGGAGACAGAUGUGCAACAGCUGCAGGGAGAGCUGGAGAGAAAUCAGGUGCAGCUGCGUGAGGCCGACCGUGACAAGAGCCGAGCCAUCAGUGAGCUGUCAGAACAAAACCAUCGCCUGCUGGAGCAGCUCAGCAGGGCCGCCGAGAUGGAGAAACAGUUGUCUACUCAGGUUCAUUCUUUACGGGAUGAUUUCAAAGAGAAAAGUCUCUCCACCAACCAGCACAUGAUGCGCCUUGAGACCCUCCAGGCUGAGCAAGGGCUUGAAAUAAAGAUGUUGUCAGAUCGUAAGCAGGAACUUGAGCGACGUGUGAACGCCAUGCUGGAGGAAAACCAGCAGCUGCAGCACAUGAGUGAAGAGCUGAGAGAGCGAACGCUGGUGCUGGAGAAACUGUGUCACCAGAAGGACUUCCAGCUGCGUCAGAGUCAGCUGGAGCUGCAGGAAGUGCGCAUGUCUCAACGGCAGCUGAGCGCUCGUCUGGAGGAGCUGAAGGAGGAACGCAGUCUACAGGGCUUCAGUCCGAACCCACACAGCAUCCUCUGUGAGAUCGAGCAGAGCAUGGAGCAGGAGGAGCUGGAGCAGGAGAGAGAGCAGCUCCGGCUGCAGCUGUGGGAGGCUUACUGUCAUGUGCGCUCCAUCUGUUCCCAGCUGAGAGGAAAUGACAUCACAGACUCCGCCUUAUCCACAGACUCAUCCAUGGACGAGUCUUCGGAGUCGCUGUCGGCUAAAGACGUCCCCACGGGGAGUUUGCACGCGAAUCUUCUGGAGCUGCGCAGACUCACGCAAAACCUGCUGGACGGCAACGAAUCUACGAGUUCACGGCGCAGUGAUGAGGACGUUCUGGAGGAGCAGGUGCGGAAACUGAGCGAGGAACUGCGAGAGCUUAGAGAACUGUACGAUCAGGAGCAAGAAAAAACACGCAACAGCCAGGAAGAGGUGCUACAGCUCCAUAACCAGGUGGCGUUGCUCUCGGUGGAAGUUUCUUCUUCGAGAGAGGAAAAUGAGCACUUGAGAGCGAUGGCAGAAGUACACAAGCCCAACGAACAGUUACAGAGCGCUAUACGAGACAGAGAUGAAGCCAUUGUCAAGAAGAAAGCCGUAGAGAUGGAGCUGGCAAAGUGUAAGAUAGAUAUCAUGUCUUUAAACAGUCAGCUGUUGGAUGCUAUACAGCAGAAACUCAACCUGUCUCAGCAGUUAGAAGCCUGGCAGGAUGAUAUGCACAGAGUUAUCGAUCAACAGCUGAUGGAUAAACACCAGGAGGAGUGGAAGGAUCCUCCGUACUCCUUCAACGGGUCACGAGGAGAAGCUCCAUCCAGACGAGUGCAUCGCCUCUCGAGAGGAGAAAAGCACCUCUUUUCAUUCUUCAAGAAGAACUGAGACAUGGAGGAAGACAGUGUGAGAACAGACGUGAGAGAAGGCAGAAAGAAAGUCAAAAUCACCACAUCAGUGCUUCUCAACUGGUUUUGCUCAUCAAAAACAGCAUUAUUUAUUAUGCAAUAGUAAAAAAUCAAAUUCUGAAAUGCAUUAAUUGAUAACAUUGAUGCACUCACAAAAAUAUUUAGGUCUAGAUAUUUAGAUACAGUAUGCUGUAUUUGUAUUUGAAUUGCAUAUAAAAUUUUCACCCAUUUAGAUUGCACAGGAUUAAAAAAUAAAUAAAUAAAAAACCUUAAUGUGAUGCAGAUUUGUCUGUCAAACAUUAAAUGAAACUGGUCAGGUUUCAGUAAUAUUAUUAAUGAGCUGAAUGUAUUUUAAAUACACAAUAACCAGGUUUAUAUAUGCAUCAUUAAUAAAUAUAAUUUGCUUUAAUUUUUUUUACAAUUAUUCCAUAGCUAGCCAUGUUUAACUAUUUUCAUUCAUUUUAACUGAAUUGUUUUCACAAUUAACAGAUUUGUGCUGAUUCUAAAAAAAAUGUAUAAACAUUUUAUAAAUUAUUAUUUAAAUCAAAUAAAAUAGAUUCAAAUAACUGACAUGUUUUUUUUCUUCAUCUUUCUCUGUUUCAUUUAUGGAAGACUGACAAAUAUGACUUAAAUCAACUUCAUUAGUUAGUCUUUGAUAAAACUUUAAAUGGAGUAAAUACGUUUACAUUUCUAAACUUGAAUACUGUGUUUUUAAAACACUUUCAGUUUAGUAAUACUAUUACAGAAGUCUUAACUAUUUCAUAUCGGUUUCAUUUGUGUUUGACUGACAAAAAUAUUGCAUUGCAUUUAUUACAUUAAGGUCAUUUCUUUAUGUUAAAACUGUGCAAUCCAAACAAUUUGGAAUUUAAUGCAAUUAAUGCAAAUACAUAAAUUGUAAAUCUUAGGCAUAAAUAUUUUGGUAACUAUGUCUUUAUAUAUAAUGCAUUAUUAAAGUAGUUUGAAUGCAUUAAUUAUGCCUUGUAAUGCACCUUAUAAUGCAUUGCAUGAUUUCAUGAAUAACUAUAACUGCAGUUAUAAUACACGAUCAUUCUUAUCUAUUCAUUGUUACACCUUCAGAAAAUUAAAAACACGACAAACCUUUAAAUAUCACAAUGCAUUUUAAUUUUGAAAAGAUAAUGAAUUACAACAAACAUUAUGAAUACCUUUAUAAUGCAUUAUACAUAAGGUUAUUAUUAUUAUUUUUUUUUAAUAAUGCAUCUAUGGUUUUAUGCUCUCAGCACCCAGUAAUUGAUUGUAAAACCACUUGUUUUUGGGUCACGAGCCACUGGUUGAGAACCACGGCACUGACUAACCGAGUUAUGUGAUGGCUUUGAGCCAUUUUGCACUUUAUCUGUAUACACAAUCCUCCCUCAGAAAGCUUGAGACAUAGUCGUCGUCCGACGGGGUCAAGCCCUGUGUCAGGGUCUGUUUAGCAGGGUUCCCAAAAUACUCCAGUUUCCCCUGCGAGUGCCUCAAAAAGCUUCUCCUCACCUCACUGCCAGAGAUUAACGGAGGCACAUCUGCUCAUUCGCUUGAGACUCAACUCAGGAUGAACUGGACUUCAGACGCUUCAGGACAAAGCUUUCAGCAUCACCAUGUAGUUUCAGGCCCAGGCGGAAUCUGUGGACGUGCUGAUUUAUGAGAGAAAUAUGAGAGUACUGCAGUAUUAUUGAAAAUAUGAAGGGUAAAUCGGCCUAAAUUUGUCAUUUUCAGACACAGGUUGGGUGGAGGCCUGAUUAUAGAUGAUGCAAUGUUGCAACAUUAAAAUAGCUAUAAAAAACUGUUCUGCUCUUUGGUUCAUUCACAGAUGCAUUUUAGAUAAAAAACAAAACAAAACAACUUAUGUAUGUAAUUAACUUUCUAACAACCACAUGAGUAUUCUAUAGAAUUAACUUUCAGCAGCUGCUUCGAAUCAAAAGCGUAUAAAAGCACGCAGCAGAUACUAAUAAUAAUGCUACAAGAAAUUGUUAGCGUAAAUGCGUUGUGGCUGUUUUGUCAACUGUACCUGCUUGUUUUUUAGCAUAUUUCUGGAGAAAAUGUCAUCAGGACAGCUUGAUGAUAAACUUUGUGUGAGGUGUGCAUCACUGUCUGAACCAAAGAGCAGAAGUGUUGAGCUGGAGCUUGUAGACCGCAUCUGAAAAACUAUACACACAUACAAGCAGUGUAAAUCAGCACCUUUAGACGAUCCUCACCAUUAGAAAAUCUCAGUCCUCAAAGAUGCACUGAAACUGUGGCUGUGUUCAGAAUGAAAUACUAGCAUACUGCCUACUGCGCAGUAAACACUGUUGGAGACGGAUGGAGAAUGUUACAUUUCAAACAGCAGAAUGUUACAUAGUAGUCCAAAAAUUCCAAAAAUUGAAAUGGAACAUUUUUUGAAUUUUGUGUGUGUGUUUAAAAAUCAUAACUUUUGUCAAAGACCUGUCACUACAUUGAGAAAAGCCUGUAAAAAUAGGGCACAGUGUGUACUGUGUUAAUAUGCAAGAAUUAUCCCUAUUGAUAUUUCACCCAUAUCUUGAUUUAUACAUUUAUAUUUAUACGUUGUACUUCAGGGUUAAAGAGAAUGUCCUGGCAGAACAUCUCCAGUACCUUUUCUCACUAUUACAGAUUUCUUUCAGUGUAGAAAUGUUAAAAAUCAAAGAUGAUAUGACUUCUGUUUCUUGGAAGGUCAAGUGAAGUGCAUUGUGGGAUAAAGUAUUCAAUACAGUAAGUGCUGUAUAUCUGCACAAUAUGGCAACUGUAUUUUUGCAUACAAAAAAUACCGUAGGCAUAAUAUGACUACAUUCUCAGAAAAAAAAAAGGUACAAAAUUGUUACUAGGGCAUUAAAGUUAGAGACAAAAGCUAAAAGGUACAUCUAAAGGUAAAGGUACAUCUUUGUACCUUUAUUUACCCCUAAACGGUAUAUAUUAGUACCUUUUAAAAGGAUACCCCAAGUGACAGUCCUGUACCUUAUUUCUGAGAGUGUAGUAUGCUAGUAUGUUAUUCUGAACGCAGCCCAGGUCUUUUUUAGUGUGUACUUCCUCCAGCCUAUGAGAAAGAAAGAAGGGAGCAUGUGUGUCCUGAUCGUGAGCUGUAAUCGGGUGUGUUUUCUGUCUCGUGUUCGGUGUGUGUGUGUGUGUGUGUGUGUGUGUUUGGGUUCAGUCAGUGAAAGUCGGGCAGAUUUUAAGUAAAGCUAUGCAGAUGUCUUCUUUCUCGCAGAGGUGAUGUUUAGCUCGGAGAAGAAACCCAAAGAGUGAUUUUUUUUUUUUUAUACGUACAAAGACACAAAUAGGUUUGGAAUUAAAAAGAAAUAAAAAAAGGAAUCAAUAUAUUUGUAAAUGUAUAAUUUUUGAAUGAUAAAUCAACUUUUCUAGCGCUUGUCUGUGUAGUCUGGUUUGUAAGUGUUUCUGGAGGAUUGUCUGAACAGAACUGAAUGUAAACCAUCUGAAAACCCUCCGGAUCAAUGUGAAAUAAGACGACGUAGGAGAGGCACUACAGGUCAACAUGAUAAAAGUUGCAUUUUAACAGUUUCAUAUGCAGUUUUUGGUAAGUUACUCUAAAAAGUAAUUCAUUACUAUUUACGAAUGACAUCCAAGCAGUGUAAUUAUAUUACUGCACUAAUUACUCUCUCUAAAGAGUACUGCAUUACUCAUGACGAAUUACUUUGAAAAUCCUAUUUCAACCUCAACCAGCUGAACAAUGCAAGGAUAGACACGAAACUACUCCUUUAACUAUUUCAAAUAAAAAAUACAAAAAUGCAUAAAUUAUGCUUGAAUUGACCAAAGGAGGUUACAUUAAAAACAUACAUUUUUAACAUUAAAGGUUUGAAGUUAAAUCCACUAUUGUUUUAUAUAGAAUUGAUCUAUAGUCUUAAAUGCAGUUAAAUCCAACUGUAAUUGCUGGAAAAUUAAGACUAAAUAAAAUUAAUUUACAGUAAUUAAUUACUUGUAGUAAUGCAAAAACAGAAAUGUGCACAAAUAUGCAUUUUGCAAUAGACGUGCUUUAAAUUACAUAAAACAACUUUAAAUUUUCAAAAUGUAAAGAAAUGUGCAUUUGUGCAUGUAAAUAUUCUCGUCCGCUUUUAAAAGAAUAAAAUGGCUUAAAAAUCCUCUAGCAUUUAAAUAUCACUAAAGCAAAAUCUCAAUUACUUUUCACUCCAAAUGACAUUAAAAGCCACUUUAGAAAAUUGCCUUUGAAAGACCCAAACUGAUGCGGAGGUGUACGACAAAGGUGAUGUAGAAAGGAUCGGAUGUUUUCAGUGAUGCCUGUAGUGCUUCUCCUGUCCGACGGCGGAUGAAUGAAACGCUGUUAUAUUAGCAGUGAUUUCAUUCUUCCAGACAGUCGCUCCACGUUUAGAGCAUUACUCGUGUCUCUUCUGUUGUUUUGUAUGUAAAAACAUUUCAAUGUCACUUUCUUUGGUUUCUUUUCUUGUGUUUCACACACUGUUCUGUAAGCGUCUCAUCACAUUGACUUUGUACUGUUGUCCUUUUGCCAUUUAAACACCGUUUUUAAGUCUC